UGUUUCCGUAUCAGCGGAUCAGCUGAUUAAAAUUUGAAGGUUAACGCUGUUGUGAUCCGGAAAUGUUAUGUAAAAUUCUUUGAGCGAGACAAUGGGAACAGCAGAAGAAUGCCACAUAGCAAGAGACAAAAUUGCGGAGAAUCUGCCAAAUGAGAUCGUCACACACAUCUUCCAGUACCUGGCGCUGCGAGACCGGCUGGCGGCGGCCCAGGUGUGCCGACGCUGGCACGCCGUCGCCUGCGACCACCGCCUCUCCGCGGACGAAGUGAUGUUCUUCCACGACAACCUGUCCCAGUACCUGCCCGUGCUGCAGCGCAGCUCCCGCGCCUUCUCGCACUUCGUCUUCAAGGAGAUGGAGCUGGGCGACAAGCUGCUGGACUUCUGGGACCGCUUCUGUCCCUCGCUGCGCUCGCUGCGCAUCCAGGCCUGCAACCUGUCGGAGAAGACCCUGGUGGACGUGCUGUCCCGCUGCCCCCGCCUGCAGCGCCUGCAGCUGAGCGGCUGCCGGGAGCUGCUCAUGUCGGGCCGUGUGCUCGAGAGCCAGGAUGACGUGGCGCUCCUCAGAGACACGCUGGCCGAGCUGCGCGAGCUCAGCCUGGACUCGAACCGCUACCUCUCCGACGCCCUGUUCAACAGGUUCGUGGCCAUCGCGCCCGCCCUGGAGGGCCUGUCGCUGGCCGGCUGUCCCGUGUCCUUCCACGUGGGGCUGUGCAAGCGCUUCUACCCGCACACGGACGCCCGCCCGCUGGCCUCCGAGUCGCUGCUGACCUUCGACAACGUGCUGCGCUUGGUGGCGGCGCGCGCGGGCUUGGUGCGGCGCCUGGACCUGGGCCACACGCUGCUGGACAACGUGGCGCUGGAGCGGCUGUGCCGCGUGCCCGGGCUGCGGCUGGAGGCCCUGCGCGCCUGCAACUGCGAGCAGGUGAACAACGCGGCCGUGAUGGCGCUGGUGGAGCUCCAGCCGGGCCUGGCGCGGCUGGACCUGAGCCGGUGCUCGCGCGUCACGGACCACGCCCUGCUGGCCGUGUGUGCGCGCAUGCACGCCCUGGUGUCCCUGAACCUGCGCUGCUGCGGGGGCGUCACGAACCUGGGCGUGGCGCAGCUGUCCCGGCUGGUGUCCCUGGAGGAGCUGGACCUGUCGCAGUGCCGCCUGCUGACGGGCGAGGGCGUGGCGCGGGCGCUGUGCCCCGCCAUGAACACGCGUCUGCGCGAGCUGCGCCUCACCGGCCUGGAGCUGGACGAGGCCACGGCCUGCCUGCUGGCCGAGAGCCUGCCCGCCCUCACGCUGCUGGACCUGGGCUUCUGCUUCAACGCCGUGACGGACCGCUCGCUGCAGGCCGUCUGCCGGCACCAGCGCCGCCUGCGCACCCUGGUGCUGGCCGAGUGCAACAAGGUGACGGACGCGGGGCUCACGGGCAUGGGCGUGGGCGAGCCCGCCCAGCCCUCGGAGCCCGCCCAGCCCUCGGAGGACGUGCGCGUGCGCCUGCUGUCCGUGAGGAACGGCGAGCGGCUGGCGGACCCCUUCCACAAGAUCUCGCUGCGCAGCAAGGCCGAGCAGGAGAUAGUGGACGACGCCAAGCUGAAGACGCUGGUCUCGGAGGUGUGCGAGCAGCAGUACGUGCGCACGGACGACUCUCUCGCCAACCUCGCAGGCCUGCGCCACCUGAACCUGUGUGGCUGCAACCGCAUCACAGACGUGAGCCUCAAGCAUGCCUUCAGCUUCCUGGAGCUGCGACACAUCAACCUCAGCAAGUGCCACCAGGUGACGGAGACAGGCAUGAGGAGUCUGGCCGCGAACAACCCCAGCAUCGAGGAGCUGAUCAUGAACAACUGCUACGUGAGCGACGAGGCCAUGAUCUGCUUCGUGCGCCACAGCCCGCGACUCAGACACCUGGAGCUGCAGCACUGCGAGGAGCUGACGGACGCGGUGCUGGACGCGCUCGGGGAGAGCUGCGGCUGCCUCAAGCACCUGGACGUGAGCUACUGCGGCAAGAUGAGCCCGGAGGCCGCGGAGCGCCUGCGAGCCCGCCUGCCGGGCCUCAGCCUGGUGCGCGCCGCCUCGCUGCACGUGCAGGCGGCCGGCUGGGACUUCAUCCCCCCGCCCCCGCCCACGCCCCUCUCCGGCCUGCGCCGCCUCUUCCGGCGCUGAGCUUCUUCACAAUCACCGUGGGGGUGGCACAGGAGUCUACAUCAGCACAUCCAAGCUCUUCUGAGACAGUUGCUCUGACUGGCUGUCUUGUCUUUCAUGGAAACGCCUUAGGAGGGCCAAGUGUACUUCGCCAAGUCUGACCUCAACUGGGUUUGAACACUUUUCAUUUUUCCUUGCAAUGUUUAAUAUAGUUGUCAUGCUAAAUUUAUAUUUCAAACACACUCGAUGCACAGGACAGUCUAGUGUGGUUGGCCCAGAUAUGUGGUAUUUCAUUUGUUUGUUUAAGCAAUUGUUUUCCCCUUACAACACCAGAGCAUAUACUGAUUUUGCCUUACUGAAGGCAUUCUUGAUUAGUUUGCUUUUUUAAAAUCAAAAUCUAGUGGGGCAUGACUUUACUGCUGUAAGAUAACGAGUUGUGAUGUGUAAUUCCUGUGGUUGAAACACAGCUGGUGAUGUGCGGUGCAAGUAUUCAGCAUGGGCGGCCCUCCAGAACUGCGCUGUGUGACGGAAAUGUAUCCCGGAUAUAUUUAGGGAUGAUUUCCCGCGCAGCCACACGACCUGUUGUCCUGCAGUUCUCACAGGCUGCUGUGACGGCUAGUGGUGUUGUCUGUCAGCAGGUCAGCCACCCUCGUAGCACUACACUCGCCCACUCCGUGUGGCGAGAACAGCAGGACUGCAGUUUAUUAUGUUUGGAAAGUUGCAGAUAGCUGUCGUCAAAUGAGAGAGACUACAGCGUGAUUGGCAAGGCAGUGUAUGCUUGGCAGUUAAAAAAAAUAUUUUUAUGAAAAUACGGAAUGUACCUGCCCUGUUGCUGAUCGUGAACAAUGAGAAACUGUUGUACCUUAGUGCAUGGAAAGCUGCAGCGUAGUUGUAUGGCUGUGAUUCGUACAGUAGGAACCUGAGGCUGGCGGUUGUAAGCAAGAUGACUUCAUGUCUGUUUGUUCUGUCUGCAACUGUGACGAAGGGAGUAAUGUAGUGUACAAGAGGAACUUGAUGCCAGGGAAACAAACUAAAUUAUUUACUUUGCAGGAAAAAAAAGGGAAUAAAUGGUGAUGCCAAGUGCGGUAUUCCUGAGGGAAGAGGAAAAUGGUCUCAAAUGUGGCGUGAAGGUUCUUAAUAAUACAAAGCCGUAAAAAAAAAUAAGUGUUCAAUCACUUUAAAUCUUUUGCUGUUGGAAUCACCAAAAUUUCCUUGCAGUGAUUAUCUUUGAAAUGUUUUAGUCAUCAUACAUUUGUAAUUGGAUAUUGUAUUUUGUAGUACACCUAUCCCUCACUUAGCAUGUCUUCAGCUUGCGUGAAUUAAUUUAGUGCAAUGGUAAUUUUACUGCUCCAUUCUUGAAUAGCACGUCUGUAAAUUUCAGUUAGCGUGAAACCUCUGCGGCAAAAAAAAAAAAUCUGGUAUGGCGCCACAAAGUCUGUUUCAACUUCAGUAAACAACAGAUGUGCUGUGAGAUACAGUUAGCCAAACAAGGGGGGAAGAGAUGCGCGCGCAGGUCUGACUACGCUAUCAGCUGUUGUACAAACAUCAGCUAUGGCAAGUUAAGUUGUGGCUAUGGAGUGUAAAGGACUAAAUGUUUUUAGGUCCGCGCAUGUGGUACUGGGCCUGGGCGGGCAAGCCAACCAGCCGACUGACGGUAAGUACUUUGUUUUCUCGCAUAAUAUUCACACAUUUUAUUUUAAAAUCAAGUUUGAAAAGUAGGGGUGCGACGAUUAUGUGGGAAAAAUUUUUUUUGUUAGAUAAAGUUACUCAAAACCAAAACCCUUUCAUGAAAAGUACGUUUAUUUUAAAAGUGAAGUAUAAAAGAGCACGCCAAACAAUUUAAAUUAAUAAUUCAUGCAACAAAAACCUUUCAACUUUAAAUAGAAAAACAAAAUCUGUGAUCCAAAUUCAAGCCGAACGAACGCGUGACUACCGCCGCAGUACACAUCACGGAAGAGAGCGGGCCAUCAGAUGUAGUUAACUCGGCACUCGACAGAGAGUGCGCGUUGUAUGCACUCGGUGAGAUAUAGAUAUUCGGCUACGUGUGCGCGCUCUAUACGGGAAACAACAUAACCAAACAUGAAUGAUGCUAACUGGCGCUGGCUACAUUUUUGUAAGCGGUACACCACGGUGACGGAGACGAAUAAAUGAAGAUUAUAACGUUUAAAAAGUCUUUAAAAGAAAAUUUACACAUCAGACAACUUCGUAUUUCUGUUAAUUAAAUAAGUAAGAGGUAAUGUCCGAAUGAAUAUUAGAUUUCUAUUUUAAAAUACAUCGUUUUAUACGGAAAAAAAUACACAAAGCGCUCGGAAUCUAAUAGCGGGACCAAAAACAUCAUGAGACGUUUACGAGCGAAGUUUUUUUUAAUCCUAAUUUUGAUGCCCUAAAAUAUGGGUGCGACGAUUAGCGAGUGCAACGAUUAUACGAUAACAGAUGGUACAGUGGAACCUCGUUACUACAAGAGCUGACAAUGACUGCAAAAAUUCUCGUAACGAGUACACGUUAUAACCGAAUAUAAAAAAUUGAAGUUAAGUUAGAUUCUGGACCAUCCAAACAGUCUUUAAUUUCACACCGUAACUUGAAAACAGUGCACUAUAGUGAAAAAAACGUAUUGAAUAAAAGUUGUAGCAAACUAAAUUACGAAUAGAAAGUGUGUCUAUGGAAUUUUUUUUAUCUACAAUGGUUUUUUUAUUUAAUCGCGAAUGAAAUGGCCUGAUACAAAGACCUGCGCCGUUCAUGAUCACAGAGGGAAGAUAUGUGAAGCUGUGGAAAAAAAGAGCGAAGGAAGAAAGGAAGGGUAUUGGCUGGUCUAUUUUUGGAUUUACCCUUCCUGUUGUCAAAGAGAAAGAGAGAGGGAGGGAAAGAGAGAGAGAGCGCAGGUUGUUUGUCACCAGUCCUUCCUCCCCUGAUCAUGGCUUAUACCUGCCAAGGACCCAGCCUGUCUGGCGCCCGCGUAGCCACGCAGCUGUCUGUGUUUACUGCGUAAACAUUAUUUUUUCAACUGAGGUGUUUUUCCUUUUUUGGAAGAUGCCAUUCAAAUCACUCGUACUUAUGAAACGGCCAACAAGGAGGCACUCGUAAUAACCGGUUUAUUUUAGUAUGAUUUAUGUAGUCAAACUGACGGUGCAUUACAAAACUGUUGUAACACUGAAUGUCUCGUAGUAUCCGGUACUCGUAAUAACGAGGUUCCACUGUACGCUCAUAAUCUCUUAUCUCCCGUUAUGCUGUUUCAUAUUUUCUUCAUCUAAAGUGUUCGGUAGUAGGCUUAAAAAGAUAAAUGAUGUAACGUAUUCUUUGCCAGGUGUUAUUCUACGCAUUUAUACUAUGUAAAGAUUGUUUUCUUACACAUCUUGGAACACAUUAAAUAAUUUAGUCUUAUAUUUAUGGAGACUAAUGCUACAGAAUACACAGUUUCGAAUAACACAAACAUUUUUAGGGACACAUUAGUCGUGCUAAGUGAGGGAUAGGGGUAUGCACGUGUUAGUGAAGUGCAAGUGAAGGUUAGUGAGGUGGGGUGAUAGGUACGAUGCUCAUCAGUGCCACUAAGUGCAAGACUCUGACUUGCUACAGUCUUCUCAUUGGGCUUAUUGCAACUAUGCACACUUUGAGGCAACAGGCAACCAUGAAAUGGUGUAGGAAUGAAGAUGGUUGUGUAUGCCAGUCCCAUUGGUGCUUUCAAGAAGUGUAUUAGGAGUGUUGUCAUACUUAAAAACUCUUCUGAAAACGUUUUACCCUUUUCAUUCUCCAGAAUAUACAUUUCUAAAAUGAAAUCCAAAAAGUGACUUACAUUUCUGAUGUCAACAUUUUAUCAAAUGCUUUUCACAGACCACUUGAAUAUCCUGAGCAGAUCUUUGAAGCUCACACCAUAUCUGUGCCCUGGCAGUUUUAUGUGAGUUAUUUUAAUAGAGCUGCUCACUAGAACAAAUUGUUUUAUUUUGUCUCUCAUGCUUAUCUAAAUAUGUAACUAUUUUGAAAGUCAUUCGCAAAAAAAUUCCUGCUCCAUGGCUGUGCAUAAUCUUACAAGUCUGUGCUGGCACGUAGCAGGUUGCAGCCAAUCAGGAGCUGUGAUACAUGCCACACAAGCUUUUAAAAGUGUGUAUUUUGUAUGGGUGGUUUCUCUAGUACCUACGUACAGGCGCGACAGGAGCGUUCAAAUGUCUGCGACCAGUGCAUGGAUGUGUGUCAUCCUGUGGUAAUAUUACAGUAAUAAUGUACUUUCACACAGCGGACUGACUGUAGACAUUUAAACUUGGGUUUCAGAAAGCUAAACUGAUCUUUAAGUGUUUGCUGGUUACUUUUAACCAGGGGCAUACUGUAGAGAGGAGGAGGGGGAGUAAGGAUACAUCUCCCUCCAAAAUCCUAAUUAAUCUAAUUAUUCCCACCAACAAAAGGAAAUAAUUUAAUAGCAAACAGCACUCCCCCACUCUCCUUACCACCCCGAAAUUAAAUUCUGCGUACGCUCCUGUUGAUACAGUCAAGACAGACCUGUUCCAAGUCUCCACUCUGUAAAUACUGAAACGCCAGUUAAAGAAGGGUGAAACUACUAGAAACACCAACGGAAAGUCACCAGUUUAAGCUUGUGCCUGAACUGGACUAAAUUUGCUUUCCCCAUGUGUCGCUGUCGAUACCGAUAAUUUCCAUUUUAGUGAUUCGAGGCAUCUUUCAGUGUCAUACAAGUCAGAUAUGAGGUUAUUUUCCCUUUCGUGUGUGUUGUACCAGGGUUAUACCAUGUGUAUUCUUUGUUAAUUUCCACAUUUGUAUGAGUGGCCGGAAGCGAGUGCAGGAAAAUAAUGUGAAAUUAUCUUGUCUUAUAUAUUGCUGUGGUUUGUAUCUAGUAAUUGGUGAGGUAGUUGUUCUGUCCAGCACACAGUCACGAGUGCAGUGAUGCAGUCUUCUCCCAAGGUGAAAUACUGCCUCAUCCAUUGGAUUUGUGCUUUUUCUAUGUACUUUUAUUUGUAUUUGUCGAGUGUGCGAAACAUUAGUUUAGUCAAUUCAGUGCAAGUAGAUUUUUUUUUUGUAACAUCAAAAUAUGCUUUGUUUUUACAAUCUUUUUUUGUAAUAUUUUGAAGUUUUGUUUGCUAGGCUGACAAGAGCAUACUGUUGUGGUUGGUAGCGUCUCAGUCCCUCAGAGCCAGUGGUGGAGUGGAUGUGUGAACCUCUGAGAGUGUCGAGUGUGACGGCUGCUGUCGGCUGUCCAGUCGCCAGCCACUCGGACGUCUACUGUACGUACUUCCGGAGGAAGUGUUUGUUCUCGCUGUUAUCACAUUAUAGUUAAUUGUAUUUAAAAGUUCAUAGUAUACCAAAAAAUAGUACGCUUAUUAUUAAUGGAAUUAAUAGUGUCUAAUUUUAUAAAUCAUGUGCCAAAUUAUAGAAACUUCGAAACAGGAAAUCCUGUAAUGUUUUGCUAACAUUGUUUUUUUUUUUGUUGGCAUUGUGUGCAAUUUGGCCAAAAUUUGCUUUAUUUGGGAGUCUUGGAUCUCCUUUACUUGAAAAGUGUUUUUAUUUUUAACAAACCCACUAACUUGAGAUACAUAAUAUUUAUGUUAAAUGUUGUAAGUUUACUGAAAAGUAGUUGAUUACGGAGAGAUAAACAUUUUCAGUAUUAUGUUUGUUAGUGUGAUUAUUGGAAGCAGCAAUACAGUUAAUGAAUUCCAUAUUUUUGACUCAUGUUAAAUUGUGGGGUCAUUGUGCAAUAUGAAUGUAUCGUAAUUUGACUCUGUGAUAUUAUUGCUGUGUGAAUUAUGUCAAGAAUAAAUGAAAGAAAAACCAGCUGUGCAGUUUAAUUUGUAGAGUUAUUAGCCAAGUCAAGUUUGUGUUUGCUGCAUGUUCACGCCUAAACUGUUGUGACCUUUACCAUCUCUCCCUUUCCAACUUGGCAUCUUCAGACCUGCCAACUCUCACGAUUUUGGUGUGAGGCUCAUGAUUUUAAGGUCCAUCUCACGCCCUCACGCCAAAAUAGUGUUUCCUCACGAUUUUUUGGGGCCCCAAGAUUUUGUUUGUAAAAGUUACAAAACAAGUUUUACGAAAGCUUACAGUAAUGAGUUUCCAUCAAUACUGGAGUCACGUAAAGGAAGUAAUUUUGCGUUUUGUAGCAUGUGCCGUGCUGAUUUUUCUAUCUGGCAUAGUGGAAGAGGAGACAUUGUGAAACAUGUCA